CGGGUACAUUUUCGACCUGGAAUCUCCAGCGAAGUUGAGGAGCGUUGUUUUUGUUUUUUUUAACUCAAAGUCUGCGCGAUUCAAAUCACGAUAUCCUCGAGUCUCCCGCGUCGUUGGUUUUAUUCGUUAUGUGAAUUCACAGAAAACGCAGCAUGUGGACUUUUCUUCCGGUUCGUUCUUUCCUCACUUAGCGAAGUCCCAGCGCGAUGCUAACGCUAGCUAACCGCCGUGAGCCAGUGUUGUGACGAUGCGUCGGGAAGGAGCUUCUUCCUCCUUUGUCGUCCCGUCAAACUCAAGCCCGUGAACAAGAGGUCCGUGUGUGUGUGUAAAUAACGAGUGUUCUGGAUGGCGGUGGCUCCCGCCGCGAUGGCGGAUAAGAUCAUAGUCCUUGACGAUGAUGAAGAGGAGAGUGCUCAACCCUCCUUUGCUGCUUCCACCUCGUCCACGGAGCAUCAAGCCAAACAUGUCUCGCCACUCAAAGCUCAGCAGCCGCUCCCCACCCACAUUACCCAGUCACCCUUUGCCACCACGAAGAAGCAGAGCCAUGUCCUGCAAGCAGAGAAUGAGAGACUGUUCACUGAGUUUGUGGAGCACUGCUCAACUCUCACCCAGGACUGUCCCGAGGUCUUGAGCUACCUACAAACCAAACAUGCCAAAGCCCCCCCUGCCUUUCUGUCAUCCGUGGAGUUCAGGAACACGUUGGGGAGAUGUUUGACUCGCGCUCAGGCCCACCGCUCUAAGACCUUUGUCUACAUCAAUGAACUGUGCACCAUACUCAGGCAGCAUACUCCCAAGAAGAGGCAGAUCCUCACCAAGGUUGAGCCUGGGUCUUCUACCUCAACGUCAAGUUUUCUCCAGUCUACCUCUGUUAUGCUUCAAGGUGAAGACAAGACUAAAGUUAAGCUGGAGGAGGACAGUGGGAAACCCUCAGCGGAAGAUGAGCAACCAUCCACCUCAGGGCUGCAGGAGGACCACACAUCAGAGGAACAAGCAACAGAGAAAAAGGCAAAGAGGGCCUCCAGGAAACAAAUAGCGUACCUGGAGAACCUGCUGAAGGUGUACAACGACGAGAUCAGCCGCCUGCAGCAGUCCGAACUGAGUUUAGACGACCUUGGAGCCGAGGACUCCUUAUACAUCCAGGAGCACAAGCUGAAACGCAAGAUGAUUAAAAUCUAUGAAAAGCUGUGUGAACUCAAAGGCUGCAACACGCUAACGGGCCGAGUCAUUGAGCAGAGGCUCUCUUACAAUAGCACUCGUCAUCCUGAGAUCAACAAAAGGAUCGAGCGCUACAUUAACAGUCAGGAGGCCAAGAGGAACCCUCCGGAUUACCAAGACAUCCUCCAGCAGGUGUUACGUGCCAACGAACGCUACAAGCUGUGCCUGAGCCGAAAAGUUCUGAACCAGAUUGCCCUGGACGCCUUCAGAGAGACCGGGAGCCGCAUACAGGAGAGACGUCACCUGGACCUGGUCUACAACUUCGGCUCGCAUCUCACCGACAACUACAAACCUGCCUCAGACCCGGCUCUUUCGAACCCCUCACUGCAGAAAAAGCUGCGAUCCAACAGAGAACUGGCGCUCUCCAGCCUGGAGAAGGUUAUCAACAAGUUCGCCGUCAAACAAGAUGACACAGAGGAGCAGGAGAGGAACAAACGACAGGAGAAAGAGGAAAACUCAGAAAAGGGAGGAGAAAGUAAAGAGGUGAACGGAGUGGCAGAGGAGGAAGAAGAACCGGAAGAGGAAGAUGAAGAAGAAGAUGACUCAUCAGACCCAGACAUAGAGAAGGAGAUCCAGGCCAGCACUCAGCAGGAUGGACCUGACGAUGAUGAGAAUGAGGAGGACAACAGCAAUGAGGCGGAGCCAGCAGGAGAUGACGCCCAGAAGGAGGAUCAGAAAGACGAGCUGUCGAGAAGCGUUAAAGAUGAGGCAGAGGAGCCAGUCACAAGAGGACUCAGUCCUCUAUCGGAUGACAGCAAAUCCCAGAUCUCCCUGUCUGAUAUCCCCUCACCUAGAGACAGCCCGAGCCAAUCAGAGCCCAUGCAGACUGAUGAGCAGCAGCCAUUGUCUAAUGGUAAACCUGCAGGACUAAAGGAGCAUGUGGAUUCCUCCAAUCAUGUCUCGGCUGUGCUGGUAAGCACCAGUAAAGUCACUGCAGACAUCUCUCUGGUAGCAGCCAAUGGGGAUUCUUCCCCCCCGUCACCAGCAGCGAUCUCAGAAAAAUCGACCACGAUGAUCUCCAACGGCACGUCGCCACCCCCCACCCCCCGAGCUACGAGGAGUCAGAAGAGGAAGAGAGAGGAAGUAACAUCUGAGAACUCCAUAAAUACAAAGCACAGGAUCAUCCAGGACAGUGAGGUAGACAUCCCUCUGGAUAUGGGUGUUAUUAGCUGCAAUUCUCCACCUGCCAUCCGAGCAGACACUCCACCCCAGGACCUUGUCAGCAGCUCCCAGUCGACGCCGCCUCCCAAGGAAAACAAGGUCAAUGUGUCGACCCAGUGUGACCCAGAUGAGAUCAUUGUCCUGUCCGACUCAGAAUGACCUUUCACCUUUGACCCCUCACUUGUCCUGCAGAGAUUCUUCAACCUCUGGCUCAAUCCUGGGAGCCAUCCCCUUAAAGCUCCCGUUUCCAAGGUCCCACUUGUUGAGAAAAGUGCUGAUAUGAAUCCAAACAGUCAAGAAAACGGAAGACAGGGAAAACUGAAUUUAACACCUUGUGUCUACAGACUUCCAAACAAAAGCCAAGGCACGUUUUUUGUAAACAACUUUAAUAAAAUAAUUGUGAGCUAACAUUUACAGGAAAGAGCGUGAACAGGAUGGUUUUUUGUUUUGGGGGGGGACAGUCCUGGGAGGCCUCAUCUUCCGACAUGUUCUUCAGAGAAUACAUCUUAUUUUUCUCAGAGCAGAGAAACGCCGGCUGAGGUCGACCUCGGCUGUUUUAUCUCACUUUUGUUUUUUCUACAGACACUUCGUCUGAAUGGUUUAGCAGAUUUAAGCUGUUUCCUGCCCGUCAGUGCGACACUACUGACACUCCUGUGGUUCUGUUUGGCAGCAUCACUGAAAUUAUUGUUAUUGACAUGAACCCUGAACUUUACGGAGCAUUCAUUAGGUAAGAAUCCAGUGCCUGAAAACAUGAACUGUACAGUCGGACAUUCGGCCGGGACGGGGAGUUUUUGUUUUCUCAGACACUCGACUGGCGGCGGCGACAGCAGCUCCCUGCCGGUUUGUUUACAUUUUUAUAUUUCAGUGGCGUCUUCAUAAAGCCGAGGGAGGGUCUGUAUGAGAGGAAAUGAUUUGACUUGCUGUUGAUAUUAAUGUGUUUAGAGUGCUUGAGCUGUGUGGUGGUUUGCAAUGAUGUUGGCAGUAGUGAAGAUGAGAGAUCAUUUUUUCACUCAUCUCUAUUUUUUGGUUUAAUAUUAAGUAACCUUCUUGAUUCAGACCUGUGGCUGCUGCAGCCCCACUGAAUCGUUUCCUAGUCCAAGUGAAUAAUUUAUAUUUGUGUUACUGUGAACAAAUCCCACAAAAAGACCAAAACUAUUCAUGAAUUAUGACUGAACUUUGUAUCCGAAGUCUGAUUAAUCUCUGUGCUAUAGAGCCAUUAUCGUCCAAAAACAUACACAUAACACACAUUUGGACUCAGUCCGACACACACCGUCCUGAUGCCAGAAAUGCACAUUCAUCCACCACUGAAAAUAGUCCCCAGCAAAUGCAUAUUUUACCCCUUUUUAAAGUAAUGUUUGCUGAAGGCGACUUUUUUCUUGUUUUUAAAUGAUCAAUUUCUGACCCAUUUUUUUAAGUGUUGACUUUCAGGAGGAACUAGAAUGUAAAUCAGCAGAGCACAAACCUCCCCCGAGCUCCAACAGUUCUCUCAUGAAACCACAUUUAAAUUCACCAGAUUUUGUUUGGAUCUGCUCCCAGUCUUUUCUUUUUUCUUCCUAUCAAGAUCUAUAAAUUAUUCUUGGGGCAAUCAAUCAAUCUUGGUCCAUGUAUCAUCCUUCUAUCAAGUUCGGUGGAAUCAGUUUCGUAGUUUUGUCUAAACCUGCGGACAAUCCAACGACCAACAAACAGACGGGCGAAAACAUCCCCUUUAGUGGAGGAAACCAGUGGGUUUGGAGCCGAGAGACGGACUAAUACAUCGUUGCUUUUGGUCUUUUUAUGGCGUUUGUUGACAAUAAAGUAAAUGCUGAAUAUUUUCAGGCUCAGUGUUAAAAACGUUUGUCGUGAUUCUGACUCAUCUGAAAGAAAAAUAAUGCAUCUUCAUCACAGUUGUGUGUCGUCAUGAAACUUACCUCCAUCCAGAUCACGAAAUUCCUUCAUUUAUUUGUCUCAAUCUAAACUGGAGAUAAUCUAAUUUAAAUGUAUUUCUUACAAAAAAAGUAAAUUCUCAACAGAGAAAUUUCAUAAUAUUAUAAGACUGCAAUCCAGCUUGACUAAACCAUCAAACCAGUGAAUUUUAGACUUCUAAAUCCUUGUUAUAAAUAGAGUAAAGUUGUUUUUCAUUUUGGACAGUGCUGCCCUUAAUGAUCUGCAACUAUUAUAGAUAAAAGUGCAGAUGUGUAGCUGCUCCUUCUAUAAAAGAUAGACUUAUUAGAUUUUGCCACAUGUGAAAUAUUUUCGGGGGAAAUGCUCUUUUCUAAGUUUCCAGAUUGUAGCCCAGGGAUGUGGUUAUCGUAACUACGACCCAUCAGGCCUCAUUUAUGCAGAUGAGUGAUCAUUCACUGUGAAUUAUUUCUUCUUUUAAAUUUUUGAUAAAAAUAAAUGAUUCAUUUUGUUAUAAA